UCCAAAUGUUAGGAGACGCAUUGCUGCUUGCCUUGUGAAUGUUGUAUACCUACUUCCAAUGGUCAAUAAAAAGACCAAGAAAAAGGAAAAUAUGCCUGAUGAAUGGUGUAAGAAACUUCCAUUCAAAAUAGAAAACGAAAUAACGGAAGAGGGCAGGAUAUUUGGGGCUAUUUUCCAAAGAAAAGGAGGUGCAGAAGAGCCUCCCUUACGAGUUAUAGCUUUCAGAGGUACAAUUCUUGAUAAAAAUAAUCUAGUAAGUGACAUGCGCCACAAUUAUAAAGUAGCCAUGGCACGGUAUGAUUCCAAUGGUAGAGGGCCUAUCGGCUUAGAAUGCUUGAAAAGCUGUAUUGAGAAGCAUGGAGCUCGAAACAUCUGGAUUGUUCGCCAUUCGUUGGGAGCUGCCACUGCAAUAGCCGCUGCAAGAUAUCUGGAGAAAGAAGAGCGAGAUAAAAUAGAAGGACAUCUCUUCAAUCCUCCCUUUCUUUCCCCAAGACUUCCUGAGGUGAUAUUCUUUGAGAAGGUUGGAAAUUUUUUAUUAGAUGUGCAUAAUGCCCAUCAUCCUCUUGUUUUAGAGAAAUUUUACAAACAGAUAAAAGGUGCACGUAAGUGGGCACAAGUGAAGAUGGGAUUGGAGGAUGAUAAAAAAUUGCUUGACUUAUGUGUUAAAUUUAUUGGGGUUAGUGGUUGGGUUCCCAACAUGUAUGUGAAUAAAAAAGAUCCCAUUUGCUGCUCUUACAGCCGCUAUUUUGAGGUUUUGCCGGGUAUAUACGAGGAGGGAAGCCCGGACCUUGAUAAGCACAUGAAGUUCCUCUUUUGUUAUGAAGUUGCGAAAAAGAGAACACCCUGGCACUUGAUUCCCUCUACCAAUCUAUUUCUGGAAGAAACUGGUGAUCGUAAUCAUUGGCAGUGGUUGUUAAGUAGCCUUAAACUGUUUGUCAUUGGCCCCCAUCAUGAUCUUAGUCAAUGGUAGUCGAAGAGCAUCACACUUAAGUGCAAGAAAUGGCAAAGGAGGAGGAGAUAAGCAAGACUAAAAAUGAAUGUAUUACACAUAAGUAGGCACAAGUGAGCUAAGGAUUGAAAGAUGACUCCGCAUUGCUUGGCUUCUAUCAUGACUUGAUUGUGGUUUGCAAUUGGAUCCCCAAUGUCAAUGUGAAUAAAUGUGACAUAUGUUGCUCUUUCAUCCGCUAUUGGAUCCCCAAUGUAAAUGUGAAUAAAUAUGACAUAACUGUUGC